AUACUCCAGAGUUCUUAGGAAUCGAAAUAAUACACAAUAAAGAAAUGUCAUAUUACCGUAUAUGACUUUUAAUUUUGAUUGAAUCAUGUCUGUAUAGGCAUUCAUAUUCGCCAUAAGUAUUACCCGCAAUAGCACUUCGUGUCAAAUUCUUUCAUUUAUUAUAUCAAUAUUUUACUUGUCUUAUGAUUUUCAAUGAUUAUUUAUUACAUUGAGUAUGGUAGAAGAUAAAAAAUAUGAAGUUGGUAGCCGAAUUGAGUGUGAUGGACAUCAAGGUACAGUAAAAUACUGUGGCCCUGUUGGUGAUACUAAAGGUUUGUGGCUUGGUAUAGAUUGGGAUGAUCCAACUCGUGGCAAACAUAAUGGCACAUAUGAAGGAAUAAAAUAUUUUAAAGCUAGGCAUUCUACAUCUGGUUCAUUUAUACGUCCAGGUAAAGCAAAAUUUGGAAUUUCUUGUCCAGAAGCUAUUAAAAUGCGCUAUGGUCUUAUCAAUGAUGAACUAGCAGGAAUUGAUAGAGAUAUAUUAACAAGCUUACAAAAAGAAAUCAAUGCUCCAUUUUUGGAAGUUGUUGGUUUCUCCAAAGUAAAUAGAAAGCAAAGCAAGUUUGAUCAAUUAAAAAUAGUGGGCUUGAGAGAGCAAUAUAUUAGUAAUACUGGUAAGCCUGGUGAAUUAAAAGAGUUAUGUCCAAACAUAGAAGAAUUAGAUAUAUCUAGAAAUUUAAUAAAUAGCUGGCAAACUAUAGCUGAUAUUUGCUCUCAACUUGAUUCUCUUGUUCGUCUCAAUGUUAGUGAAAAUUAUUUACUGAUUGAAAAAAAUAUGAAAGUAUUAAGUAAUUCAUUUUCUAUGGUUAAAUCUUUAACCAUGGCAAGAAUGAAUUAUGAUUGGUUUGACAUUCAACAAUGCAUGUGUAUGUUUCCAUCUCUUCAAGAACUUUCACUUUCUUUUAAUAUUGUCAGCAUUAUACAGAAGCCAUUAGAGAUCGAUAAUUUAAUGAAAAUAUGUAAAUUAACACUUGAAGGAAAUUUGAUAUCCAGUUGGGAUGAAGUUCUUAAAUUAGGUUCACUUCCGUGCUUAGAAUACCUCAAUUUAAAUUCGAAUAAAAUAGAUAAAAUAAGAUUUCCAUCUGUUGAACCAACUGCAAAAACUUCAGCCUUUUUUAAUUUGCGACAAUUGCAUGUAUCGCAUAACAACAUAUCAGAGUGGAAAUCUAUAUCAGAAUUAGAAAAACUUAAUAAUUUAGAAGAUUUAAAAUUUAGAGAAAAUCCAAUUUUGAAAAAUGAAAAUAUGGAAACUGUGCGUCAGUUAAUAAUAGCAAAAAUUUCAAAUUUACGAUUUUUAAAUGGUACUGAAAUUUUGGACCAUGAAAGACGAGGUGCGGAAUACGAUUACUUGAAACUAUAUUUAUUAAGAUGGACUGAAACUGAAAAUAAUCUUGACAAGAGAAAUCAAUUCAUAAGUGAACACCCUCGAUAUCCGGCACUGGUCAAAAAAUAUGGAAUUGCUGAUAUCCCGUCAUCUAAAUCAAAAGUGGAAAUGAUAUCUAAUGUCAUAACAGUAGAAUUUGUAUGUCCUGAUCAUCCAGAGCAGCCUAAAGGAAUUAAAAGGAAACUUUUAAAAGACAUGGAAGUUCAAAAAGUAAUUGGACUUGCACAACGGCUUUUCAGAACUGGAGGAAAAAUUCCAACACUCUCAUUCAUACAGAAAAAUCUUUCUAAAGACGAAAUUCCUUUGGAUAAACCGCUUCAAGAACUUAGUUAUUAUUCCAUACAAGACGGAGAUCAAGUUAUUGCGAGGUGGUGAUAUUAAAUGAAUUGUUUAUAGAUAUAAUUGUAUUUUGUACACUGUUAAAAUCUCAUCACCAUACUUUGUUAUUAAACUUUUUUAAUUGCAAA